AUGCAAAAUAAUGUAUCACCUCCACAACAGCAAGCACAGCAAAUUGAAAAUGUAUCAGCAUUUCCUCCGCCACCUCAAUUUUAUAAAUUAUAUUUAAAUUAUACAAAGGAUCAAUUUAAAGACAGAGAAAAUAAAGAAAAGAUUGAUACCACAACAACAAAUAAUAAUAAUAAUAAUAAUAAUAAUGAAGAAAAACAGCAAUCACAGGAUGACCAACAACAAAUGAAUGUAGAUGAUGAUAAAGAUAAAAAAAAAGAUAAAAAAGCAGAAUUAAAUAAACCAUUACCCCCACCAAUACCACCAAAAAUGGGAUCUCACUAUGUCCAAUUUGGUCAAAAUUAUUCAACUGUUGAUAUGUUACCAUCACUUGAUGAAUCUGGAUCAAAGCAGUUAUACCCCAAAGGUGAUAUUGAACCAAUUGCAGAAUUAAAAAAAUUAAAUAGAUCAAUUUUAUUCAACUAUUUACAAUUACUAGAAACUCUUAUUGAGAAUCCUACCAAUUAUCAAAAAAAAAUAGAUGAUAUCUCUUUAUUAUUUAUAAAUUUUCAUCACCUUUUAAAUAGCUAUAGACCUCACCAAGCUAGAGAAACCUUACUUUCAAUUAUGAAUGAACAAAUUAAACAGAAAUUUCAAUCCAAUGAAACUAUAAAAAAAUCUUUGGAGAUCUGUAAAGAAUCAAUUAAAAAAUCAUUUAACCAUUUACAAGUUGAAACUACAAACCCAAUAACACCAAACCCCAAUAUAAACCCACAAUCUACCGAUGGUUUGGCUCAAACAUCACAACCACAAAAGCCACAACAAAAUCAAAAUAAUGAUAUAAAUAUGGGUGAAACCAAUUGGAUGGAUCAACUUUUAGACGAAAUGUUAGAAAUAAAUUAG